AUGGUGACGGGGGAUAACCCGUUAGUCUGUCAGUCAGUCAGUCAAGUGACGGGGGAUAACCCGUUAGUCUGUCAGUCGGUCAGUCAAGUGACGGGGGAUAACCCGUUAGUCUGUCAGUCGGUCAGUCAAGUGACGGGGGAUAACCCGUUAGUCUGUCAGUCGGUCAGUCAAGUGACGGGGGAUAACCCGUUAGUCUGUCAGUCGGUCAGUCAAGUGACGGGGGAUAACCCGUUAGUCUGUCAGUCAGUCAAGUCAGUCAAGAGUGGCGGAGGGAGGAUCCGUCUUGCUGUUAGUCAGUCAGUCAAGUCAGUCAAGAGUGGCGGAGGGAGGAUCCGUCACGCUGUCAGUCAGUCAGUCAAGUCAGUCAAGAGUGGCGGAGGGAGGAUCCGUCACGCUGUCAGUCAGUCAGUCAAGUCAGUCAAGAGUGGCGGAGGGAGGAUCCGUCACGCUGUCAGUCAGUCAGUCAAGUCAGUCAAGAGUGGCGGAGGGAGGAUCCGUCACGCUGUCAGUCAGUCAGUCAAGUCAGUCAAGAGUGGUGGAGGGAGGAUCCGUCACGCUGUCAGUCAGUCAGUCAAGUCAGUCAAGAGUGGCGGAGGGAGGAUCCGUCACGCUGUCAGUCAGUCAGUCAAGUCAGUCAAGAGUGGCGGAGGGAGGAUCCGUCAUGCUGUCAGUCAGUCAGUCAAGUCAGUCAAGAGUGGCGGAGGGAGGAUCCGUCACGCUCUCAGUCAGUCAGUCAAGUCAGUCAAGAGUGGCGGAGGGAGGAUCCGUCAUGCUGUCAGUCAGUCAGUCAAGUCAGUCAAGAGUGGCGGAGGGAGGAUCCGUCACGCUGUCAGUCAGUCAGUCAAGUCAGUCAAGAGUGGCGGAGGGAGGAUCCGUCACGCUGUCAGUCAGUCAGUCAAGUCAGUCAAGAGUGGCGGAGGGAGGAUCCGUCAUGCUGUCAGUCAAUCAGUCAAGUCAGUCAAGAGUGGCGGAGGGAGGAUCCGUCACGCUGUUGAUUAGUUUGUUAGUCAAGUCAGUCAAGAGUCAAUCAGUCAAUCAGUAAAUCGGCCAGUCAGUCAGUCGUUAUUCAGAGUGUCGGAGGAAGGAUCCUUCACGAAGUUACGGAGGCAGGUUCCGUCGCGGUUUGGUCAUGAACCUCCUUCAGCACAAUCAGCGUCGGGGCGCCACGCGUUGAGGCCGCCGGGGAGGGGCCCGUGAGUUAGCGUGGUCCAAGUCCCGCCUUCCCCGGCAGCGGCCCCGCGUGCCGCGUGCUGCUGGUACUAGAGGCCACUCGCUGCUAGGCCCUGCACAACCUUUUACAAAACAGGAAACUUUAAGACGUUUUGUCAGAAAGUAAAUAGAAAAACAUGAAACUUAGUUACCGGAGCAUCGGGAGUGGUCUGUAGAUGGAAGUGGAUGGCUUGCUGAACACGCCCUGUUGGAGGCCCCUGCUCCUCCUCUUCCUCUUGUUCCUCGAUUUUGUCUUUUUUCUCUUCCUCCUCUUGCUCUUUCUCCUCCUCCUCCUCCUCCUCCUCCUCUUCCUCCUCUUCCUUCAAACAUACUCUCUCGCACGUACAAGUGUUGUAAUCAACUCUACAGGUCGAUCUGAUUAAACCACUAAAUCGGGCAGCCUCGUUAUGAGCAGACAGUCUUUCUGUUGCCUGCUUUCUCAUGUUACCAACGGAGUGGUGGAUGAGUGGAAUAGGCUAGGCAGUCAUGUUGUGAGCGCCA